UGCAGUAAUGCGCCUCUCAGCUGUUUGAUAAACAGCAGGAAACUUAAAGAAGACGAAGUGAGCGAAACUCAAACAGACCUGUUGGUGUUUACUGCUCGUUACCGAGACUUCUUUGACUUUCAUUUGGUUUUAUUUAGAAAAAACAUAUCGUGUUUCAGUGCACAAGCCCGCCAUAAUGUGCAUCACUGCAUAACCUCGCCAACCGGACACCGAGCAGACAUCCUAUAAUCCGUGAGUUAGCUGGUGCUAAUAUUCCCAAUGAGUGCUAACCGGCUUAUAACUUCGAGACACAGCCGGUGUAAAGCUUCAGUCAGCAGGAACCAGGAGCAGCCGGCACCCAGAGCCAGCAAGGUGCUGGCCGAGAGGAACCAGGCGGUCGUGGCGGUGGGAGCCUGGGUGGAGAGCGGACAAGACUGCCCGGAGCACCCGUCUGUGAGUGGACGAGCAAGGCUGGCUUUGUCUGAUGCUCUGGCUUUGCUAACUGAGGAGAUCCAGGCAGAAAAGAGGAGGGAGAACGAAGAGAGCCUUCGACGAUUUCAAGAUGAAGUACGCCAUCGUGUGGCACAGCAAGCUCAAGCCAGCAGGAGGAGAGAUCAGCCAAUGGUGAACCCUGACAGGAGGACCCCACACCAGCAGUAUCAGGUCUGGACGCAGCAUGUGUCUGCUGGUGAGAAGCUGAGAUCUGCAGGAGGUGCUGCACAACAAAGGUUGAUAGAGAGGAGCCCUCAGGAGUCUAGUGAAGGCAUGCGGCAGGUCAGACUCAGACUGGCUGCCUGUCGGAUGAUCCCGCAUGGGGAAAUGAUGUCAGAUCUUCCUGGAGGUGUAUGGAACGUUUCUCCAACCAGACAUCAGAAAGCUGGAUCUCAUGUGCUGCGAGCAGAACAGGAAGUGGAGGAGGAGGAUGUUGAAGGAGAGGAAGAGGAAGAAGAGGAGGAUGUUGAGGAAGAGGGAGACAUCGGAGACAGAGGUCAUCUCUUCACCAGUCAGCAUGCAUGUCCCCUGGUUCAGCAUAAGCUAAGUGGACCUGUAUUGGAGAAUUCUGAUGAAUCAGAGCCUGAUCCUGGUUUCCAGUCCAACCUAGCAGCCGCACGAGUCCUGUGGCCCCCGACUGACCCAGAAGAAGUUAAACGACAGCGUCAGUCUCAGUUCCUGAUGCAGCGCCGUCUGUACAUGAGCAUUGAGAGAGAGCAAGUGAAGGAGAACAAACAGCACAGGAAACAUCUGAAGAGGACAGCAAGAAUCAAAGCAGAGAAAGAACAGAUCCGUCUAGAGGAAGAGAGAAGGUUGGAGAGAGCUCGGCAGCUCGCGGACGCCAGACAGAAGCUGGAAGAGAGAGAGCUGCUGAUUCUGGGGCGACUGAAGCUUGAGGAGGAGGAGAGAGCUGCAGAGCUGCAGAGGAGGAAAAGGGAUGAGAAGGAGAAGGUAUCUGGAAGGUUCAUCGACGCUCUGAGAGCUCAGAUGAAGGAGCGGCUGUCUCAGGAGAAGCUGGAUCUCCCUCCUCUCUGUUGCUGUGCUUCAUCUUUCUGGGACUCCCACCCGGACACCUGCGCUAACAACUGUGUCUUCCACAACAAUCCCAAAGCGUAUGCCAAGGCGUUGCAUUCAACAAUGUUGAGUCUGGAUUUACAGUAAAGGAAGCUGAUGAACUGCAGUGAAACAGCCUGUUUGAAGGACCAGACCAACAUUUUGAGAAACGCAGUGCAAGUCCGACGAGAAGCUUGAUAUCAUUUUUCUUUCCGGUCCAGUAGGUCAUGUUUGCCUUCAGACUGAAAUAUGUCAACAAAUAUUAGAUGGAUUGCUGUGACAUUUUGUACAGACGUUCAUAUUUUCCACAAGAUGAAUUCAAAUGACUUUCGUGACUUUUCCUAUAGUGCUACUGGCAGAAGUUUUCACUUAUGCUGUGAAAUAUCCAGGGAUACAUAAUAAAUAGCAGGGUUGAUAAAUUAGCAUUGAGCAAUGGGAAAUUCAUAUUGUUAUGUAUUAAUCUGAUAAGGAAAUGCUAAUAAUAAUUUAUUUGGAAAUUUGUAUGUAAAACAUUUUAUAGGCUUUAUAUUUUAUGAAAGCCAAAGUAUGUUUUUGAAUUGUUUUUAAUAUACUAAUGAUUACAUAUGAAAAAAUAAACGAAAAUUUGAAGAGUC